UUAACAACUCGCGUCUCUGUCUCUAAGAUCAUGAUAAGUAUAACUACAUAGAUCAUUAUUUAUUUUAUAGUUUAUUCUUGUAAAUUUUCGUUCGUUGUGAAUUUCGAAAUUAUGGCGGACGAAGAAUUUGAACACGACGAUGGUGGUGCUGAUGAUUUUGAUGAUGUUGAUGAUGACCCUGAUUUGGACGAGUUAGACCAGCCUGAAGAAAAUGAAGACAAUAUUGAUAUUUUACCUGUCCAAGAAGCUCAAAGUCAAGUUCAGAAGUCUAAACGUAUAACAACAAAGUAUAUGACAAAAUAUGAAAGAGCACGAGUUUUAGGAACUAGAGCCCUACAAAUAGCCAUGUGUGCACCUGUUAUGGUUGAACUUGAAGGAGAAACUGAUCCAUUACAAAUAGCUAUGAAAGAAUUAAAAAAACGUAAAAUUCCAAUUAUUAUUAGGAGAUAUUUACCAGACAACAGUUAUGAAGAUUGGGGAAUUGAUGAACUCAUUAUAGUUGAUCAAUAAUGUGUAUUUUCUUAAACUAUAAUUUUGUAAAAUAAUAAAACAUAUUAACGGCAA